ACAAAAAAAAUAACAAAAAUGCUUCCAACUUCCAAAACUAAAAUUUCUGGAAAUGACACAUCACUAGCACCUGCAGGUGAUGAGGUAUUACUCUCAAACAAUCCCAAAUCAACUACACCUAAGUCUGAUAGAAGAAAAAAAAAGGGCAGCAAAAAUGUAGCUACUUCUGCUAUUUCUCAACAAUUGCAAAUGGACAACUUGAUUGUGUCAUCUGAGCUGUCAGCCAAUAGUCUCCCUUUAAAGGCAGACAGAUACAAUGGACUUGUGACCACGGGUAGAAAGAAAAUCUUGUCACGCAAGGAGCUGAGAGCUCUCCAAGCAUCUAAAGAUGUUUCUUCAGGACAUGAAGAAGGCUUGACAUUGGCAGCAGGGAAAAAUGGUGACCGCUUGCUAGUUGGCGGAGAGAGGCCUGGUGGAGGAACUCCUGCUCGGGCUUGCUCAACUCCUAAAGAAAGUCAACCCUCAAGUACUAGAAGAAAAGUAAAAUUCAAUGUUGAAAAUAGUUGUCUUCUCACCAAAUCUAAGUCACAACAAAUAACAGGGGUUCUUGUGAAAAGUGUACAGCUAUUUUUCUCUUUGAGUAAAAGUUGGACCAAGAACAAGAGAGAAGGAAGAAUCAGCUUGCAAAAUUUUGUUGGUCUCAAGAUUGACAAUGAAGGGAGAAUUGCCAAGGAGCUUGACUACAGAGCUAUGAUUUACCUCACAGACUUUUCUGAUGUGAUCAACUCAAUGGUACAAAUAUGUGACUCAAUGAAAGACAGCUUGCAGUCCAUUAAAAAUCUUGGAGUCAGCAGGGAAGUGGCUGUAACCUUCAAGCCUUUUGAUGUGCAGCCUUUCUCAACCAUAGUUUGCACUCUGGUCGAUUGCUACAAGAGGUACUGCAACGACUACGACUACAAGAGAGCUGCGUGCACAAAGCUCAUGAAUGCCUGCUUCCAUGAGGAUGACAGUGAAGAUUGCAUUAGACAACUCAACAACAUUGUUAACAUCUGGACCUCGGAUGUGCACCUGAACAAUAUUAACACUCAUAUUAUUGCUCUCUAUGUUCAGAUUGACGGACUUGGUCUAUGACUGAAUUAGUUAAUUUUUGUAUAUGUAUUUAUUCAGUAAGGUUUACUUAAUACACACUUGACUUAACUUGAUGAUAUAAAAUACAUAGCAAAGCAAUUAAGGUAAGAAUAAUUUUCAAGCUGCAAUGUGAUUUAUAGAACAAAUGGGUGUUGAUGAGUAACUGUGUCUGGCAAUAUAUUUGUUGAAGGUUUUCAAGGUGCAAUGAGGUAAGAAAUAUUCAACUUGGGCAUCAUUCAAAUAAGUGAUAUUUAAUAUAAUCUGGUGUAUGGUCAUGGUCAUAUUCUCAGUAUGAAGGUUUGUGUUGAAUUUUAAGCUACGCUACAUGAUUAGUUAAAGU